UACUGGAGCACCUGUGAAUGGGUUCAUCUGAAUUUCACUAUCUAUUGAAAGGUUUGUUUGUGUAUUUUUGUAGUAAAUUCUCCACAGAUAAAUUAUAAAAAUACUGUGUGUUCCUUGUCCCAUACUGAGUGUCAUUGGACUGAGAAUAAUGUUGGGUUCUCUUUCUUAAUUUGUUGGACUAAUGUUUUCAGUUCCUCUCACAUUGAGGGAAUAAGUUAUGCAGAAAAAUGAGACUGCUUUUGUGCCAUAAAAAGUUAGAACAGGUAGAUAGACCAUGUUUGUAAACAAAAGCAGUUAACGAGCUUCAACCAAGAGCUUCCAUGCUCUUGCUGAGUGCUGGAAAGAAUGGCUGAUCUUAUAAAAGAGGAACAUUGUCUCUCCUUCCAUUUUUAGGUUUCAGUGGAAUUGACUGCAGUUGUUUUGUGUCCAGGAUUGUGCUGAAUCCGGAAGUUGUGGGUUGAACAAGAGACAGAAUGCUUUGUUUUAGGAUGCUGUUUGACAUGUGGGUAGAACUAUUUAAACGCCGAAAUGUUUCUCUUCCGGGAAAUGAAGAAUCUAUGAUAGAAAGUCCAAUUCAGGAUCCUGAUGUCAGCUCUACUGUACCUAUUCCAGAGGAAGAAGUUAUUACAGUAGAUAUGGUGCAGAUGAUUUUCUCAGAUGAUCCUGAUCAGCAACUCACAGCAACUCAGAAAUUCAGAAAAUUGCUAUCUAAAGAACCUAAUCCACCUAUAGAUGAAGUCAUCCAAAAACCAGGAGUAGUGCAGAGAUUUGUGAAAUUUCUAGAAAGGAAUGAGAAUUACACUCUGCAAUUUGAAGCAGCUUGGGCUUUGACAAAUAUAGCAUCUGGAACUUUUCUACACACCAAAGUAGUAAUUGAAACCGGAGCUGUUCCGAUUUUUAUUAAGUUGCUUAGUUCAGAACAUGAAGAUGUACAGGAGCAGGCAGUGUGGGCUCUUGGUAACAUUGCUGGUGAUAAUGCAGAAUGCAGAGACUUCGUUUUAAACUGUGGAAUAUUACCACCCCUCUUGGAACUGUUAACAAAUUCAAAUCGUCUCACAACAACUAGAAAUGCCGUCUGGGCUCUCUCAAAUCUCUGUAGAGGAAAGAAUCCACCUCCAGACUUCAGUAAGGUUGCUCCUUGCUUAAAUGUUUUAUCAAGACUGUUGUUUAGCAGUGACCCGGAUGUAUUGGCAGAUGCUUGCUGGGCCCUUUCUUACCUUUCAGAUGGACCCAAUGAUAAAAUCCAAGCUGUUAUUGAUUCUGGAGUAUGUCGAAGACUGGUAGAGUUGUUGAUGCAUAAUGAUUACAAGGUGGUAUCCCCUGCAUUAAGAGCAGUUGGAAAUAUUGUUACUGGCGAUGAUAUCCAAACACAGGUGAUUCUAAACUGCUCUGCAUUGCCCUGUCUCUUGCACUUGCUGAGUAGUCCCAAGGAAUCUAUUCGAAAAGAAGCAUGCUGGACUGUUUCUAAUAUUACUGCAGGAAACAGAGCUCAGAUUCAGGCUGUUAUAGAUGCAAAUAUUUUUCCAAUAUUGAUUGAAAUUCUUCAGAAAGCUGAAUUUCGCACCCGAAAAGAAGCAGCAUGGGCCAUAACUAAUGCAACGUCAGGAGGAACCCCUGAACAGAUUAGGUAUUUGGUAGCAUUAGGUUGUACCAAGCCUCUUUGUGACCUCCUGACUGUGAUGGAUUCAAAAAUAGUACAGGUGGCUUUAAAUGGACUUGAAAAUAUUCUGCGUCUUGGAGAACAGGAGUCUAAGCAAAAUGGAAUGGGCAUUAAUCCCUAUUGUGCUCUUAUAGAGGAAGCAUAUGGACUUGAUAAAAUUGAAUUUCUUCAGAGACAUGAAAACCAAGAGAUCUACCAAAAGGCUUUUGAACUCAUAGAACAUUACUUUGGUGUGGAAGAAGAGGAUUCCAGUAUUGCACCUCAGGUGGAUGAAAGUCAGCAGCAGUUUGUGUUUCAACAGCAGGAGGCUCCAAUGGAAGGGUUUCAGCUGUAAAAAAAAAAAAAUAAAAAUAAAGUGAAGACAAGCAUAAAAUGUAAAUACCUGUAGGGUUUUCUUUUUUUUGUUGUUGUUUUGUUUUUUGUUUUCUUUUUAAGAGAUCUCUUCUUUAUGGCCAAAGCUAGAAGAAAAGUUGAAUAUGUUUUUCAGAGAUAGAUGAAGAAGCAGCCCAUGCACUUUUAUACAUUGUGUUAGAUACAGCUGUUCAUUUUUGUUUUGUAUUUGUUUUUUUCAUUAUCUCAGAUGUACAGAAAAUAACUGUGAGUAAUCAUGUCUACAGUAAAGCAUUAAAUGUGAUUUAACAAGAACUGUUAAGCUAAGACACGGUAGGACUUUAGGUAGAGGUUCUGAAUUUCUUAUGUAGUCUCAAACUGUGUAUCAGCAAUACCGUUAUUGACAGUUGCAUUUUUGGCAGUAGGCUUGACUUGCCCAAUCUCUAUCAAAUCUACCUCUUGUAUUGAAGCAAAAACAUUGCUUCAGAACUAAGGCAUGAAAUAAAGAUGAGCUUGUAAGAAGCUGAAUUGGAAUGUGAAAAAUAUUUAUUUAAAUUGUGAAACUUUUAGGCAUUACUUAACACACUGUUGGAAUUUAUUUAUAAAAUAUAUUUAAAGACAUAAUAGAUAUACAUAUAUAAUGCUAAUUAACUAAUAUAAUAUUAAACAUAUGAAAAAGCUUUUUCUGAUGUACACAGGAAGAGGACUAUUUCAGAGGCUUUCAGAUUGGAAUCGGCAGAGAGCUUGCUGGUCAUUUGAUGCUAGCUCUGUAAUUAAAGCUGCUAAAUGGCAUUAAAAGUCAGCCACAAAUACAAUACUUUGCUGUGGAAGCAGUUGCUGUAGUUACCACAAGAAUGCUGUCAUUAUGAAUGAGAGAGAUGGCAAUUUGCACAGUUGCAAAUACAGGGCAGAUGGUUUACAGCUGUCUCCUGUCAAAGUGUGGUAACACUACUUUAGUUUAAGAAACCUUGCAGUGUUUGCCUUUCUAGCAACGGUAGCUUUGUUUAGAGGUAGGUGUUAUGUUCUUGACCAAAUAUGUUACCACCACUUGAAUUUUUAAGUUAGCUAUCUUGGUUUUCUUUCGGUAAAACAAUAGAAAUACUGCAGUGAAAAAUGGAUAGAGAAUCGCUCCUUUGCAGUUGAAUGAAAAGUUUGUUGUACUGUAAAUAGCAUUAGGUAUGUGGACACCAAACUAACUAGAAGUUAUUGUCUUCUAAGCAUUUAUGUUCUACAAUACAGUGUUUGCUGUUAAGCACUAAGACAAAUAGGAUUCUAAUAUUUACAUUAACCAUUUUAAAUACAGAAAAAUGUGUGCUCUGCUUGGACUUGCAGAUUAGUAGUGUUUUUGGCAUAUUAUGUCUCAUUUGGAGAAACUAAUACUUUGGGUUAAUUAAAAUGAGGUUUUUCUGUAUUUAAUGCAUUAACACCAAACUUCUGGGUUAAGUGAAAUCUUUGACGUGAGAGCAUUUCAUGCUUUAUAAAAGCUGCAAUUUAAACUUAAAAUUACUCUUCCCAUGGCACUGUGCUUGUUACUAAAUAAUAUUUUAAUGCACUGAGAAAUACAGGUUAAAGUUGAUAUCAUUUAUAGUACCAUUUUAUAUUUAGACUUUUUUUAAUGUGCAAGUUAAGAUUCAUAAGGUGUUUCACUUUGUUACAGCAAUAUAUACUAUAUUGUAAUUGAAUGUGGGACUUGAAGUGGAUUUUUUUUUUUUUUUUUUUUUUUUUUUUAAGAUUAAUGAUCAGUUUUGACUAAGAUGUAACUGGGAGGAAAGAAACCUCUUUUGAACUUUUUACUGGAAGUUAGGUAUGUUACAAGAAGUGUAUAUAGGAGUGCUGUUACUUUAUGAACACUGAGUAAUGAGGUAUUUUAGCAAAUGACACUUUAAGCCUAGAUUUGUACAGCAUACAGCAGUUUUAGAUAGUGUGAUAAUACUGAAUACAGCUGCCAAAUUUUCAUAUAAUGUUAGAUGAUUGUAUUUGUGCCCUUUUUACUCUUAUAAUUUUAGUUUUUGUAUUCUGACGUCCUCCCCCCCCCCCCCCCCCCAAUCUGUUCAAAGUACAGGGUAAUGAUCAUGGAAAUCUGCCAGGAUUGCUAGUAAAUACUGAAUUUCAAUGUUCUUCUAGUGUAGGGAAAUUAUUCAGGUAACAGGGUAUUCCAUUGCUUGUAACAAACUUGUUUUGAUAAUAUUACAUAACCAUCUGUGCCUGCUUUUUAUUUGUAGGACCCUGUAUACACCGCAUUUAGAAGUGUGUCUAAGCCAAAUCUUGAUUAAAAGACUAUAAAAAUAGUCUCUUAUAAACCAUAAGAAAUACUAUAAAAAUCUUGAUUGAAAGACUUGAAAAUGGAGAGAAGAGGGGACAUUUAAAGUAUAAUACUUGUUUUGAAAGAAUGUCUUCAGUUUUGUGGAUGUAUUAUUCUGUAUGUCUGAGCAGUUAGUGACUGCACUUUAUGCAUUUAGAUAAACUAUGUUUCAUGCCUCUGAUACAUUUAUAGCAGUAGUUUAAAGGGAACUAAAAUUGACUGACUUUAGUAAUGAAAAACAUUAUUAAUCUCAGCACUUGGUUUACCCUAAAAUUUGUUAAAAAAUAAUAAUGAAAAUACUUUAUUAGCUAUUCUGUAAAGGAUAAAUGUACAAGAUGGCCUUUCCCAUUUUAGCACUGGGUUUACAACAGGUUUUGUGAAAAUUGCAUACAUAAUGCGUGUAAAACCGAGGAUGAUGAGUUGCAGCCAGCUCUGGUCUAGUUAUUUGCAGGUAGGGGAGUGAACAUGAUGAUGUUGUUUCCAAACAGAUGAAACCAUUGGGGGUGGCAGGGAAGGUGAGAAAAGAUCUUAAGUUUGGCACUUAAUUCAAAUACGGAAUGUUGAAGUUGCCCCAUCAGCUACAAAGUCUGUUUAAAAAUACAGUUUGAGGGGCUUUCUUUAAUUAAGAGGGUACCAUUUAUUUUUGCUUAUAUGUGAAUAAUAACUAGUUAAUCUAUGCAACUAUGCAAAGCUUACUUUUUUUUAGUUCCCUACUCUGUUACACUGAAUCAUAUCUAAUUUUUUUCAUCGUUGCACUUUUGUCUGAGGACUGGUUCAUACAGCUUUUUAAUUUUCUAGUAUUUGCUUUAAACGCUGUUGCUAGCAGGAAUCAGAAAUAGUAAUAAUGUUGGCACAGACAUAAGUUAGCUAUAGAAAAGUUUGCAACUGGAAAAUAUGUAUUGUCGGGUCUGUCUGUUAAUCUGAAAAGAUGCACUAUUGUCUUUGCUCCAUGGUUCGUUCUCUGUUGGCUUAAAUUUCUAAAAUUACAAGACUGAUGGUUUUUGUAAUAGGUCUGUCCACUGUUACGUGAAGUUUUAACUCUGACCUCAAGAGUUCACCGAAAUCCGGAAUGAGAAAUUUCGGUUAUUUAUAGCAUGACAUCUUCAUGUAAUAUUGUGAAAUUAAAAUACCUAUAUUAACUUCAGAUAAUAAUAGUGCAUCUUUAAAUCCAGGCCAAAGGCCCAUUACUGUAACAAAACACAUAUGAGUAGUAUGCAAUAUUAUGGAAUGUUACAACUCCAAAUACCAUACAGAAACCAAUAAAACCUAUUUUACAGA